CCAUGGUUAUAGUGUUUUUCUUCCUCCUUCUUAUCGUACCUUGUCAGAAUGGUUCUCCUACGUGGCCUCCCAAGGUCGGCACCUACGAUCAAGUAGUUUCACACUUCGACUUUCACUUUCAUCCCCUCACAUUUAAACAGCGUUUUGUGUACGAAGAUCGUUGGUAUAAACCCGGUUUUCCAAUAUUUUUUUACUGCGGAAAUGAAGGCAAUAUUAUGGAAUUCUGGAAUAAUACGGGUUUUGUGUUUGACAUUGCUCCAAUGUUUAAUGCGCUUGUUGUGUUCGGAGAACACCGUUACUAUGGCGAGUCGACGCCAUUUUUCAACAGCUUUGUUCAGCCAUACAUAGGAUUCCUUUCAAUCGAGGAGGCUAUGGCAGAUUUCGCGGAUUUAAUAGCUGAGCUGAAGAUUGAGUUCAACGCAACCUCGUCUCCAGUUAUUGCCUUUGGUGGAAGUUAUGGUGGCAUGCUGGCGGCCUACAUGAGGCUUCGCUACCCUCAUAUAAUUACUGGUGCAAUCGCUGCCAGCGCUCCCUUAAAGUGGGUUUCUGGCGAGGAAAAUCUGCACCCGUUUUUCGAGUCAAUUAAGGAGAUUUACUCUGAUACAAAUGAAUCGUGCGUUCUCGUCAUACAGGCCGCCUAUUCGGAAAUUCUUAAGCGGAGCCAGGAUGGAAGAAGUGGUUUGAAAAAUAUAACAAUGGAAUUGAAUCUAUGCAAUACAUUGGAGACAGAACAAGAUUUGGAUUGGAUGCUUCGAUGGUCGCGCAAUGCCUUCGUGUUGAUGAGUAUGAUGAACUAUCCCUAUGCUAGCUACCAUCUGCCUGCGAAUCCUGUCAACGUAUCCUGCAACAAGGCCAUCGAGUUUGGCACCCGAAGUCCUCUGACUGGGCUCAGAGAAGCCGUCGGCGUCUUCUACGAUCGCAGUUCGGAAUCGUGUUUUGAUUACAAAAGCCAGUACAUUGAUUGCGCUGAUGUAACAGGGUGCGGAUCGGGUAAUGACUCCGUGGCGUGGGAUUUUCAGGUACCUGUCAUGGCGAACCUUUAA